UCAGCUGAUCUUCAAGCGGCGUUUUAGUCUAACCAAAGGAAUUCAACAUAAUAUUCUGCGUAGUUUUACUUAUUUCACUUGUUAAAGUGUUGUUUUCCCAAAUUUAAAAGUGUAAGCAAAUAGUUUCCUACUGUCUACCAUUCAGAUUGCCGAGCCGCUGAUAAGAAAGCCAGUAAACGGAGUCCGGCUAGGACGCAAAAGAUUAGCAUAAAAAAUGGAAGAGAACACAGAACUUCCGCUCAACGGCAACUGUCUUUUGGAGAUAAUGAAUUACGUAAUUGCAAAUUGCAAGGCUAAACAUAAAAGUGACCAACAGGAUACUACUGAUUAUGAUGACUUAUUAAAUUUUGUGUGUGCCCAUGAAUUUUUCGUCAAAUUGCUUGAGGAUCAUCACAAACGUCUUUAUGAGGAUCUUCAGUUGGCACUUGCAUGUAGGAUAACAAAGCUGCUUAUCGAUCUUCGAGUCAACGAGCAAUCAAACGAAGAAAUUAUGUUUUUCUGGAGAUCCUACCUACAAUCAAUCAAUAAAAUAAGUCCUUUCAAUGGUGAACUUUCUUUUUACUACGAUUACGUAACCAUUUUGAUAAAAGGCAAUUCACCGGGCCCAGAAAAGAAAGAGAAAUUAAAAUUAAAUAUUAACAUUUCUUCAGAAGCGUUACAUGAUAUAUUCCUCUCAAAUGAAAAUCUGACAGCAUUGGCCUUUGAAGGCGUAAAAGUUCUUGGAAACCUUUCCGAUGCUAUACCGCAUUGUGGUAAUCUCGAGGAACUAAGAAUUAAGCUAACAGCGGGAGACGUUCCAGACCAAUUUGCAUCGUUGGCAAAGAAGCCCAAUUUAAAGCAAGUUUUUAUAACUGGCUUGUACGAAUACGGUUUGGAAACGAUAUUUUUUAAUGAUUUAAGAAAGUGGGAUAGGCCCAACAGCCUUAGACCUUUGACAUUGACCAUCGAGGAUUGUCUAACCGAUAUAAAUCGGCCUGUUACGUUUGCGACUUUUCACUCAUUACGAAAUUUGCGCAUUUACGAACCCUAUGAGUAUGAUCCUUUUGUUAAUAUAGAUUGGAGUUCACUAAUUAAAGCAGAGUACGAUAUAUCUGAAAUGUCGGAAGACAGCAAUUCAAUACAACAAUCUCAAGUAUCCAUAACUUUGGGUAACCAUGUGAGAAUUAAGUUUGAUAGAAGUAAGGAAGAACUUGAGGUAAAGAUCCGUGCGGAGUCGGACCUAAGCCAAAUGGGUAAUUUAUCGAAGCUUCCCAAUCUAAGUCGAUUGAUCAUACAAAAUAAACGUGAUUGGAGUGAUUAUCCUGGGUCACUUGCAAAAUUUCUUCAAUCCAUGGCCCCUAAAGGAACUUUUGCUUUAAAAUCUUGCAAAAUAAAUUACCAAACAAUUGAUAAACAAGAGUGCACAGAACUUGCAAAAAUAAAAUCUCUUCAAUACCUAGGGUGCCAUAUAUCCGAGUGGAAUUUGAUUAAGACUUUAGGCCAAUUACCCAACCUUCAACACGUGAUGAUCCACGUCCGGCAGGAUCUUGAUUCCGAUACCUCACCAAUGAUCUUAAAUUUACUAACAACAUGCCAAAUCCAAGCUUCCAUAAUUCAAAGAGAAAUUAUUACGACCAUUAGAAAAAUUGAAAAUAAUUUACAGAUUGUUUUUGUUGAUGAUUUUGAGAAUAUUGACGAUAUUUCGCCAUAUCUGGCGCAUCCCAAUGGCAUUAAAUCCCUUCAGGUCCUAGGAAGCGCCAGUACUGCAUCUCUAAAUCCGUUCUUUAAUGCAUUUACCGGAAAUUUUAGUUCGAUCCAAGAGUUAGAUUUAUCCAAAAUGUUCGCAUUUGGUGAACGAGUGCGUUUUGGAGAUAUCUCGAAAGUGACAGAAAUUCAAUCUAUUAGGACACUGAAAUGCUGUCUAUCAGAUAUAACUGGCAUUGAAAAAUUGGCCGACAAGAAUAAUCUGAAGGAGUUGCAAAUACAAUAUUCUGGUAAAGGAAAAUUUUCCGAAUUUUUUAAAAAAUUGGCUGAGAAAAAUAUAAUUCAAUAUAUUCACAUUCAAAAACUGGAUUCCGAGGAGGUUACACAUAUUUCCCGAAUAAGGUCGUUGAAAAAACUAGAGUGUCACUUUACCGACCCAGAAGAUCUUCCUUCCUUGUCAGAAUUAGCUAACUCAAAUAUUGAGGAAUUAAAGUUCAGGGUUCCAAAAUCAAGUAAUUUUAUACAAAAAGUUUUGGCUUCAUUUGCCUUAAAUUGCCAAACUAGACUUCAGCACCUGGAUGUGUGCAAUCUUGACAUGACUGAAAAUUCUGAGAUUACACAAAUUAAAGGUCUAAAAAGUCUAGUUUUUCAAAAUAAUACUUUCAACAUUUUGGAGCUUAAAUCAAUGCCCACUCUUCAGAAAUUAAAAGUAGGUGACAAAAUAGGCUUGGCCGACUGUAAAUACAUUGCUGAACUUGAACAUUUGGAGUCCUUACAUUGUUCUUUGCUUAAUGAGCCGGGCAUUCAAGUUUUAGCAAGUAUCAAAAAUCUUAAAAAAUUAAAUAUUAGUUAUUCAAAGGGUUCGCUGGCUGAACUUUUUCGCGCUUUUGCCCAUCAAAAAGAUUCAAAGUUACUGGAACUCCAUACACCAAUUAUUUGUUCUGAUGAGAUCAACGAAAUAUCUCAAAUUAAAUCAUUAGAAACACUAAGUCUCGAUUACAAAAUCACAUGUAACAAUUUAUCAGAUCUUGGGCAACUAAAAGAACUUAAAACAUUGUGUAUUUCUGAACAUAAGGUUCACGAGAAAUCAUCGUUAUAUCGAUUUAAUGAUAUAAUUGAUAAAUGCAGAAUUGAUAGUAAUUGCGUGCUGCAGAUUUUUCGAACUUGUCAAAAACUCGAUGGCGUCACAUUGGAUUUUGCUUUUAAAGGUGGAGUGGCGACAAACUUUGUAAGCGAAGUUAACUCCAUUUUGAAAUGUGUGAGGAAUCCAGCACUUCAGAGACCAUUAAAACUUAAUUUAAUUCAGCAAAGCGAAUUCCCUAAAUUUCAUGUUGAAGCCACUGAUGACGCUUACUUGGACAUCUCCUAUUCAUAUGAAACAAAUGAUCAGACUUAUGAAGCUAAUUUCUUUUCCGAGGGUCCAGAAUCCGAUGACAGUACCAUGUUUGAACCCCCUCAGUUCUGAAAAAAUAUGAAAUAGAGGAUAACAAAAGA